AUUGUAUUGGUCAUUACGAUUAGUGUACAUAACAAUAUUGACAUGAGUGCUUCUUUAGCACCGAUCUGUGAUUCUUUUAGUAAUAAUUUCAUUUAAUUUAAAUUAAGUUAACUAAUCUACUUUUUAUACUAAAUGACUUCGCCUCUGUUGCGACAGGUGUUCGUGGCAGCAGCUAUAUGCCUCAACACGCUGGGCCACGGCGCGGGGCUCGGCUACUCGGCCGUGCUGGUGCCGCAGCUGCAGGACGAGUCGUCGCCUAUACCGGUCACGGCUAACAUGGCUUCUUGGAUCGCGGCAGUCACGGCUCCGUCGCUGAUCGUGGGCAACUCCCUGUCAGCCUCCAUCAUGAGCAUACUCGGCCGCAAGAUCACCACCUACAUCAUGUCUGGAGGCGCUAUCGUGGGCUGGGCCGCUCUGCUACUGGCACCCAAUUUUGAGUUCAUCAUCAUCGGGCGCAUCCUGCAGGGCGUGUCCUUCGGCAUGGCGAUGCCUCUCCGCUCCAUCGUGCUGGGCGAAUACACCAGCCCCAAGUACCGGGGCACCUUCCUCACCACCAUCUCCCUUGGACAGACAUUCGGCAUCCUGUUCGCACAUUUCACAGGCACUCUCUUCCAUUGGCAAAUCACCGGGUUAAUUAUAACAGGGUUCUUCUUCAUCAGCCAUAUCAUGACGAUCUACUCCCCUGAGUCUCCAAGUUUCUUGGCUACUAAAGGCAGGUUUGAGGAGUGCAGACAGGCUUUCCACUGGCUUAGAGGGUAUGAAGAAGAGGCAGAGCUGGAUGAUCUGAUAGAAACGUGUUUGUUACUGGAAAAGGACAGGAUUGAAGAGAGCACGCUUCACAAGAGAAGCUUCAGGGAUCGCUUUCAGAUGAUAACGAAGCCAGAGUUCUACAAGCCCAUCGUUGUGAUGGCGCACUGCUACAAUCUUGGGCAAGUCUCUGGCAGCACUAUACUGGCCAACUACCCGCUACUGCUACUCGGUUCAGUUCUCGUCCCAGGGUCUAAUGUUAAAUUCUGGAUGAUUGCGUUGGACACGCAACGACUAUUGACCAAUAUUGGAGCAGUCUUCAUCAUCAGCAAGGUGAAGCGGAGAACUAUGGUCAUAUCCGUCGCGUCUCUGAGUGCAUUCAGCAUGUUUUGCAUAUCCGCUUACGUUUACUUAAGACAUAACUCUAUGCUGCCUUACGAUGCAGCGUGGAUCCCCAUAUUACUCCUCAACAUCCAAGUAUUCUGCAUAGGCAUGGGGAUGGUGCCGCUACCAGCUAUAAUAGCUGGGGAAAUCUUCCCAUUGGAGUACAGAAGUAUAGGUUCCAGCUUCAGUUUGAUAUCGAACGCGUUGCUAAUGUUUGUGGCGUUGAAGACUUUUCCGCUCUUGGUGGAAUACCUCGGUAUGCAUGGGAGUUACUUGCUGUACGGUUGCUUCACGUUCUACAACGUGGGUGUGAUCUACUUCCUGAUGCCGGAGACUCGCGGGAAGACUCUUCAGCAGAUCGAGGAUGAGUUCAGGGGGCGGCCGCUGAAGGCCCACGAGAUCAGGGAGAGACAGUCGCUGCAGAAUGACGAGCUCUACCAAAGGAAAAUGUCUCUGAGAAAGGCGAGCGUUCAUAGUAUUGCGCUUUAGGAAGAUUUGGUUUUUAUAUUAUAAAGUCAUGU